GGAGUGGGCCCUUUAAAUCCUAAGCUCCACCUUUGCUUAGAAGGGUCUUUAGGGGAGUAUAAAAGGGGUGCAGUUUCUGCUCCAGAAAACUACCAGCUGCUCCUGCCGCUGGCCCCCAGCCCCGGCAUCUCUGCAGCCCAGCACCAUCCCUGCCUGGGUGCCAUGCAGCUGCCACCCUUCGACAUGUGGAAGGACUACUUCAACCUGAGCCAGGUGGUGUUGGCACUGAUCCAGAGUCGGGGGCAAAGGCCAGAGACCCAAGGUAUCAGGGAGUCGAGACCCGAGCCCCAGCUGGGGCAGGACCCCGGGCUGGGAGAGUUGGGGGCCAGCGGGGGCCCGGGCCCCUUGUGCAACUUCUGCAAGCACAAUGGAGAGUCCCGCCACGUCUACUCCUCGCACCAGCUGAAGACCCCGGAGGGCGUGGUGGUGUGCCCCAUCCUGCGGCACUACGUGUGUCCCCUGUGCGGGGCCACCGGGGGCCAGGCCCACACGCUCAAGUACUGCCCGCUCAACGGUGGCCACCAGUCUCUCUACCGCCGCAGUGGGCGGAACUCGGCUGGCCGCAAGGUCAAGCGCUGAGGACCCUGAGGUGCCUCCCUGCACCCUAACCCUCCUGGUUCAAUCCCUAAGUUCCCAGGCCCUCCCUGACUCACCCGGCUCUUUGGAACUUCUGGUCCCCAGAACUCCAGCUCUG